AUGCGCACCUUUCCAGUCGCUUGGACACCUGCUCUCUUUAUUCUUCCACCUUCAUCAAUCUACCAAGCCAAGCCACACAAGACUCCACAGCCAACGACAGGCAUCAUGGUAACUACUUCUCCUUUCGAAAAGCUUCCACUCGAGCUGACUACAAUGAUAUUCAAUGACUUCGAGUCCCCUAGGGACAUUCAGGCCGUCAUUUGCGCUAAUUCUCACAUGUUGCGCCAUUUCACUGCCAACCGGCGUCGUUUUCUUCGGCGUUUCCAAGACAUCCUAAAGGACGGCUUCAUCGGCACCAACAUUUCUAUCGCGCUCAAAGCCUGCCGACUGCGACGUUUUGAGAAGACCUUUCCUGGUCUCGAUCGAGUUCAAAUCUCGCGGCGGGUUGAGUCAGCGUUGAGUUCGCCCCAAGACCGAAGAGAAGGACGACGCCCAGUAUGGCAGCUGAGCCUGGAGACUAUCUCUCAGCUCUUGGAGCUACUGUCUGAGUCCGACCUGCUUGUGGACAACUAUUCUUCAGAAGCCUGGGACCAUUUCCAAGAAUUGACGCAUAUUGACGUCGAUCACGAGAUCACAUUGAACUGUCAUCAUCCAAUGCCUCGUGUCCCUUUGCUUCUCUCCGGAUCAGAAGAAUUCCGAAUUCAGAGAGCGUAUCUGCUUUUCGAUGCAUUCCGACACACUCUUUGGUUUGACAUCUCUGUUCUACGGAAUACUAAGGUCAUUCAAGUGUCUGUUUGUGACAACUCUGAGGCCCGUUGGAAGGAUAGCGACUGGGGUACACGGGCCUUCCAGUCGGUCUACCGCUUCAUCUUCCAACGAUAUAAACGUCUUAUGUAUCGAGCAUGUUCGACUCAGCAAUUCAGAUCCAGCUUGCAGAGAGAUGUCUAUGAGAAUUUCCAUUGGGUCGCCUAUCUAAGCUCUCAACGGCACUCAAUCCACCUGUGCCUUCUUGGCAAUGAUGAAGCGUGCCUGAAGCAGUACAUGUCCCUUGUACGGCAGUCAAGAUAUGACACAAGUCUAAGCAUCCGGUCCGCCAUCGUGGGUAAUGAUUUGGAACUUUCUCUCGUGAGCAACGAUGUAGAAGAAUCUUCUAAAUUGAAUUACCACGAUCGUGGUUAUUUGCGAGAUUUCUGGAUCAGUGGCAGGUAUCUUUGGGAUAAAGAACGGAUUCAAAACCUUUUACAUGAGUGGCGGGAAUUCGAUAGAGCUGAGCACCGCAAAUAUCAUGCCAGACUGGCUGCUUUUGCUUUUGGGACAAGUCAGUCAAGAUUUAGGAUUACUCGGCCUGCUAUGUAA